AUGUCAAAGUCGGGCGGGAGCCUCCGAUCCAAGGCGCGCAAGCAGCGCAAAGCCGCCGCGCAGAAGCAGAAAAACAAGAAAAGCGGCCGCGCGAGCCGCCGCGGCCGAGGAAGGUCCUCCUCCAGCAGCAGUAGCAGCAGCAGAAGCAGCAGCGGCUCCUCGAGCUCCGGCUCCGGCUCCUCGUCCUCGUCCUCCUCCUCCUCCGACGACGACGACGACGACGAAGAACCGCUGCCGGCGGACAUCAAAGCGGAGCAUCGGGAGCCUCACGAGACGUUUUGGCCGCAAAAGCGUCGCGACCGCUUAGCGGCGAUCCCGCGCCCGCGGCGCCCAAAAGGUAAAAAGAAGUUGCCUCCGAUCCCGGUCGACGACGCGCCGCCGAUCUUGGGAGGUGGCACGGGCUACCCGUCGGGCUGGGCGCCGCCGGCCGAGCACCCGUCAUGGAUCGAGUCGGCCGUCGUCGCCCAGGGCGGCGACAUCAAUGAUCCGCGGUAUAGACGCCCGCGCGACCGCAUCGCCGUGGCCUGCAUCGCUGCAGGCGUGCGGCCGCACCGCGGCCAGGCCGGCGUCGCGCCCAAGAAGUGGAGGACGUUCUUCGAGCAACGGGCGGAGAACUCGAGCGGCGCGGAGAAGAGGAAGUGGCAGCGCCUGGCCAAAGCGGCGGAGUCGAUCAGCGACGACUGCCGCGACGCCGCCGCCGCGAGCGCGCCUCGGCGGCCGAACUGCUGCCAGGGUUGCGCGUUGCACUGCUGCGCCGUGAUUCGGGCGAGCCGCGGCCGCAAGACGCGCCACCGGUUCCGGAAGACGCUCGCGGUCGUCGACGGCGCGGGCAAGAUCCACCUGACGUACUACGCGGACCCGGAGGACCUGCGGAACGACCACCCCGAGUGGUCGGAGAUCCACCGCCUCUGGGCGAGCGACCAGCGUCCAUUUUGUGUCCUCUCAUGUUCCACUCGUACUCAUAGGUCUGCGACUUCUGCAACGGCAAAUUUAUUGCUUUCCUGGACCUGCUCGACGACGAAGAAAUUAUCGAGUGGUUUCGCGCGGGCCUGUGUCUUCCAUCGGAAUUUGCCUCGCUCUUCACUGUUUUUGCAUGCAGAGCGCGACUACCACCUUUCUCAGAGAACGGCCGGGGCCGGCGCCAUCCCGCGGGGCGCCUAGAGUGCUGCGCUGCCGUGGGCGACGCAGUCGUUGAUGAGGUGGAGGAGGAGGUACCCGCGGCGCGAAGGGGCGUAAAUUGUGGGUGUAUGAAAGAAGCGGCCCGCGCCCGCCGCCGAUGA